UACAGGGAGAGCCAUGGCCAGUGGGGAGAGAUAAUCAUGCUGCCUGUUGUCUCAACUAUGGCCAGGACCACCCUCAACUACUGGUGUACGGAGGAGUGGAUAAUAGCAGCAAGGCACUGGGGGACAUGUGGAUACUGGAUGUAGACACUGUCAAGUGGGCAGAGGUGACACCUCCUGAGUCAAUGACACCACGUUACAGCCACUCCAUCACUGCCACCAGUCUGGGACCAGGACUCACUGAGGUCCUCGUGUUUGGAGGCAAGUGGGAGUGGUGGGGAGAUGCCAUUGCUAGGACCACCAUACUGAGAUUUGAGUUGACUGGACCCUCAGCGUCUGUUGCUGGACCCUCGGCUGGGAAGUGGGCUCUCGUGGAUGUGGCCCACAACGACACUAGAGGCUCCGCCCAGCAACUGAGUGAGAAGAGGAUCAGACAAGCAACUGCUCGUGCCUCAUCAGUCAGUGAGACCAGCGACCACUCCUCUCAAGACCGGGUGAGGGCUCUGGAACAACAGUUACGAGCAGCAGAGCAGAGAGAGCACGACACUCAACGUCACCACCAACUACAGUUGCAAGAGAAGGAUCAUGAAUUAACUGAGGCCAACCGUCGUCAUGGAGAUGCAGAAAGACAACUCAGAGAAUCUCAACAAAUUUUCCAAGAAGAAUUGGCCGAAGCCAACCGUCGCCUUAGAGAUACCGAGGAAAGAGUACAACUGGCAGAGCAAAGAGAGCAAGCUACUCAAAAUCGCUCUGAACAAUUGUUGCAAGAAAAAGAUCGGAUAAUGGCGAUAAAAGAACGAGAAUCAUACGAGGCCAACCAUCGUCGUGUUGAUACUGAGAGGAGAGUCCAAGAGCUGAUUGCUGAAAAUGAAACCAAAGGUCAGAGAGGAGAGCCCAGCUGGCAGAGGAGCGAGCAGAGGGUCUGGAGACUCAGUGGGUGGUCCAUCGCGAGGAAAUCACAAUGACAGAGAGACAGCUCGGUGGGGGAGGAUGGGGGGUCGUCAAAGUGGCCAAGUUCCGAGAAAUCGAGGUGGCAGCCAAGACACUGUACGAGCAGCUCAGAUCCGACUAUUAUCGACACGUGUUUAUUCGUGAGAUGAACAUGGCGGC